CUCUCUGGUUUGCUAGCAUGAGCGCUGUGCUUCGACGUGUGAAAUAGGCAAAAGGAGAAGAAGGGAGAAGGGGUAGAUUAGAGCCUCCGACGAGGAAGUGUAAUGAUAACAUGAAGCUGCUGCUGUAAGUGCAUCCUGCGUGGUUUUAUUGCCUCACGAUGCCGUCUCAGCGCGUCUUCGCCCUGCCGAGGCAGCAAUCUCUGCUCCUACCUGCCGUCAUCAACCCGUUUGUGCAGGACACCCAGCUCUCCAGAGCCACCAUCAUAAAAUGUGUCCUCCAGGGAAUCGUCCUGGUCCCUCUUCGAGCCAUCCUCAUCUCAUUGGUCCUGAUGGUGACCUGGCCAGUGGCUGUCAUCAUCACCUUCAAGCAUCCUCUAAAGGGAUCAGUGGCACCAAUGACAGGGUGGAGAAGGCUCUUGUGUCAGAGCGUGAUGGCCACCCUGGGGAGAGCCUACUACUUCUGCAUGGGCUUCCGGGUGGUGGUUAAGGGCAAGCAGGUGGGCAGCGGCGAUGCCCCCAUCCUGGCUGUGGCCCCCCACUCCACCUUCUUCGACGGCAUCGUGUGCAUCGUGGCCGGCCUGCCCUCCACUGUGUCCCGUGUGGAGAACCUGGCCACACCCAUAUUUGGCAGGUUCGUACGCUGCCUCCAGCCAGUGCUGGUGUCCAGAAAAGACCCUGACUCAAGGAAGAACACCAUCCAAGAGAUUGUCGGCAGAGCCAAGUCAGGAGGCCGCUGGCCGCAGGUUUUGAUAUUUCCUGAGGGGACGUGUACAAAUCGCUCGUGUCUUAUCACAUUCAAACAAGGUGCCUUUAUUCCAGGCGUACCUGUGCAGCCUGUGAUUCUGAGAUAUCCCAAUAAAAUAGAUACAGUCACGUGGACCUGGCAAGGUUUCAGUUCAAGGACCCUACUGCUACUCACGCUGUGUCAGCUGUACACCACAGUGGAGAUUGAGUUUCUGCCGCCUCACGUCCCCACAGAGGAGGAGAAGAAAAGUCCUGCUUUGCUUGCCAGCAAAGUGAGAGACAUCAUGGCCAAGGCGUUGGGUGUCCCCGUGACGGACCACACGUAUGAAGAUUGCCGUCUGAUGAUCUCCGCUGGCGAGUUGACGCUCCCCAUGGAGGCCGGCCUGGUGGAAUUCACCAAAAUCAGUCGCAAACUCAAUAUCAAGUGGGACAACGUGAGGAAGGAGUUGGACGGUUUUGCCGCAAUGGCCAGCUCUUGUAGAGGGGGACGCAUCACCAUCAAGGAGUUUGCCAGCUUUCUCAAGCUCCCCGUCAACCCUGCCCUGGAGGAACUCUUUGCACUCUUUGACAGGAAUGGCGAUGGCACCAUAGAUUUCAGGGAGUACGUCAUCGGAGUGACCAUCUUGUGUCGACCUGCUAACACUGAAGAUGUACUGCGCAUGGCUUUCCGGUUGUUCGACACCGACGAGGAUGAGAAAAUAACUCGGGAGGAGUUCACUGCCCUGCUGCGUUCAGCUUUGGGCGUCUCCGAUCUCAACAUGGUCAAACUUUUCAAGGAAAUCGAUGCAGACAGCUCGGGUUUUAUCACUUUCAGUGAGUUUCAAGCCUUCGCCAUGACCCACCCGGAGUACGCCAAGCUCUUCACCACCUAUCUGGAGCUCCAGCGGUACCAGGCCAUCCAGGAGGCGUCACCCGGGGAUCUGGAGCUAAGCGGUUCUGGAGAGAAUCAGGAAGACAGCAUCUCGGACAAGAAGGACGACUAACCGAAUCCGUGGUCCACUCCCUUUGGUCUUGAGAACUGUCUUGGUUAUGUUGCUUGGCUUUUUGAUGGACAUUUUAAAAAUGCUUUUAUUUUCAGUCUUAGUAGUGCCUUAUGUGGCAGACACACUAUAUCCUCGUGCUUUGGAGCACCUGUCAAAGUUACUGCUUGGUCACAACUUUCCUCUUGUGCUUUGUUUCUUCUUUGUUGAUUUUUUUUAGGCCACAUUAAUGGCAAUUCUGAGGAAUACGAUGGCACAAUGCUUUUAAAAAUUUACCCACCGAAGCCCGUUCCACUGCAACACCGCAAUGUGAAAUUUGGUAGACAUGUCUAUCACAAGUAGACAAACAAAAAUGUUUCAGAACCUAUGCCUGAAAAGACACAGGAAGUCAGCCAUUCUUGUUCAAAGUGGCCAUUUUAGAGUCAUCUUAGCCAGUUUCAAAGACAAACUCUUCGCAGAGUUUUUAUUUAAAGAUUGCUGUCAAAAUUUAGCUUUGUUUUUAAAAAUGCAGCCCCAAAGCUAACUUCAAUUUGCAGCAUGAAAUUUGGUAGGCAUGUCUUGCAGGACAGUGGCCUUUUUUUUUUUGUCUUGUUUGUUUUUUUCUCCCCCAAGAAUUGUGGUCUAAUCCAACUAGAGUAAUUUUGGAAGCAAUGUGAAUAUAGGAGUAAAUUUCAUUUGAAUAAUUUUAGCAAAAUGUAAAAAUAAAUUAAUGAAAAUACAUUAAAAAUAAAUGAUUUCUUAUGCACAUUAGUUAUGUUCACCCCCAAAAAACAACAAAUAAGAAUUUGGUCUUUGGUGUUUUUAUCUUAAUGUGUUUUUGCUUGCUGUUUCAUUAUUCCUUGUGUGCUUUCCACCUCAUGUGACUUUGUGGGAGUUUACAACACCUUCCUUUGUUAUACAUAGAGGCAAAGAGUCUCAGUGUACCAGUGUAAUUAGUGUACACUAAGCUUUAUUAGGAUUCCAAGCAAGCAGUUGUUGUGUUUGUAUGUGUGUACUCAGGGACAUGGGCCUUUGUAAGACAGAUAUGUAAUUAGCCAGAGCUUUUUCUUUGCGUGUCCUGUCUAUUUGCAUCUCCACUCAACAUGCUGAGACAGCACUAAACCGACUCCAGUGCAAAUAAAAUAGGGCAAUUUGUGAGCAAAAAGGCAAACUGUGUAUAUUCCAGAGGGCGUUCACGCCAACAAGCAGUUAUGUUUUGUUUGUUGUUUUGUAAACUCGGCAUAUUUUUAAAGUAAAAUGAAUACGUGUUUAAUUAACAUUGUUUUGCACUGAAGAAACUUAUUUCAUAAUGAGGCACACGUUGACUUAAUAGCCUACCACUGUGUGACAUUUACUGAGUCACCACCUGGUGGCAUCAGUCAUCUGGGAAUUUUUUAUUUUUUUUUUUAAUAGCGGUUCCCCCCUCCCAAGCAUGUUAUUACUGCACUCUGAAAGACAAUACUUCCAUGAAAUUAACUCUGUUGAUGUUACUGAUACUCCAAAUGUUUACACAGUGUGCACAAGCAAAUGUGUAAUUGUUACGUCAUUGUGAUUGAACUAAAAAUAAAACGCCAACCAUGA